AUGGUGCUGGGCGGCCGGGGGAGCGGAAGCCGCGAUGCCGCCGGGACGCGGCUGCCCCGGCACGGCCGCCGCCUGCUCCUCGCGCUGCUCUCCGUCCUGCCGCUGGCCGCCGCAGGCCUGAGGGGGCCGAGCGCGGGGCCCUCUGGGGCUCCCCUUCCCGCCGCCGGGCCCGGCCUGAGCGUCUACAUGAGCCAGGAGGAGGUGCGGCGUCUCAUCGGUAUUGAUGCAGAACUCUACUAUGUGAGGAAUGGUCUUAUCAAUCACUAUGCCUUGUCGUUCAAUCUCUUAGUACCCAGUGAGACAAACAGCCUCCAUUUCAGUUGGCAUGCUAAGGCAAAGAUUGAAUAUAAACUGGGGUUUCAAGUUGAUAACCUGCUAGCUAUGGAUAUGCCGCAGGCAAAUAUUUCUCUACAAGGAGAAAUACCUCGUACUCUAUCAGUGUUCCGAGUGGAACUCCCUUGCACUGGCAGGCUAGAUUCUGAAGUUACGGUACUUAUGCAGCUCAACAUGACAGUAAAUGCUUCCAAAAACAUCACAGUUUUAAACUUCAAACGGAGGAAAAUGUGUUACAAAAAGCUAGAACUAGAAGUAAAAGCACCAAUAUCUGACAAAAAUAGCAGCAAACCUAUUUUUGAUCCUGUAAAUGCAGCUCCCACCACUUCUACUCGUGUGUUUUAUAUCAGUGUAGGAGUUUGCUGUGCAGUCAUAUUCCUGGUAGCAAUAAUACUAGCAGUUUUACAUCUUCACAGUAUGAAGAGAAUAGAAUUGGAAGACAGCGUUAGUGACAGCAGCAGUUCUCAAGGCUUAUCUCAGCCUUCCACUCAGACAACACAGUACCUGAGGGCUGACACACCCAACAAUGCAACUCCAAUUACUAGCUCCUCAGGUUAUCCUACUUUACGGAUAGAGAAGAAUGACCUUAAAAGUGUAACCUUGAUGGAGGCAAAAGUGAAAGUAAAGGACAUUGCGAUCUCCAGAGAGAGAAUAACACUAAAAGACGUUCUUCAAGAAGGCACAUUUGGGAGGAUUUUCCAUGGAACUCUAGUAGAAGAAAAAGACCCUAGUAAAGAAAAACAAGUAUUUGUCAAAACAGUAAAAGAUCAAGCCUCAGAAGUUCAAGUGACAAUGAUGUUGACAGAAAGCUGUAAACUCAGAGGCCUUCAUCACAGAAAUCUGCUUCCUAUCACCCAUGUUUGUAUAGAAGAAGGAGAAAAACCCAUGGUGCUGUUGCCUUACAUGAACUGGGGGAACCUCAAGCUGUUUUUGCGGCAGUGCAAACUAGUAGAAGCAAACAAUCCUCAGGCAAUUUCACAACAAGAUCUUGUACAUAUGGCUAUUCAGAUUGCCUGCGGAAUGAGCUACUUGGCUAGAAGGGAGGUCAUUCACAAAGAUCUGGCUGCUAGAAACUGUGUCAUUGAUGAGGCACUUCAGGUAAAGAUUACAGACAAUGCCCUGUCCAGAGAUCUGUUUCCCAUGGAUUACCAUUGCCUCGGAGACAAUGAAAACAGGCCAGUGCGGUGGAUGGCUCUUGAAAGCUUGGUGAACAAUGAGUUUUCAGGUGCCAGUGAUGUGUGGUCUUUUGGAGUGACCUUGUGGGAACUGAUGACAUUAGGACAAACUCCGUAUGUUGAUAUCGACCCCUUUGAGAUGGCUGCCUAUCUAAAAGAUGGAUACAGAAUAGCUCAGCCUAUCAACUGUCCUGAUGAACUAUUUGCUGUGAUGGCUUGUUGUUGGGCACUAGAUCCGGAGGAGAGACCCAAAUUUCAGCAGUUGGUGCAGUGCCUCACAGAAUUCCACGCAGCAUUGGGAGCCUACGUCUGACACCAGCCGCACACACCAUCUCUGCACUAUUUACCAGGGGACAGUGGGUUCACUUAACAGCAAAAAGGCAUCAUUGGGCGGAUCUGUUUAUACCCGCUGAAACCUCCAUCCCAAACUCAUUAUGUGGAAGUAAGUUCCACGGAUUUCAGUGGAAGGUCCACAUAGUAUGGUUAGGAAUCAGGAAGCCAAGGUAUGAAGCCAGCAACACUAGCAGAAGAAUUUCUUUCAAAAUCACUGUGCCUUAAAAUAAUCUGGCAUUUUUGUACGACUAGAUUCUAUUCUGCGUAUCACUUGUGUUGAAAGCAAGACAUUUUAAUUCCCACCAGAAUUCCUCGAAUGUAG